AUGUCUAACAAAAUCGCCCUGGUCGUCUGCAGCACCAGAGAACCCCGGCUAAACCCCUUCAUCGCUCGCUACGUUCUCGAAAUCAUCUCGCGCCAAAACUGCGAGGAAACUCUCGAAAUCGUUGAUAUCAGCGACCAAGGUCUCCCUCUAUACAAUGAACCUGCCAUUCCAUCAUUCCUCCCGGAGGCUGAUCCCACUCCCCAUUAUGUCCACCAACACACGCAAGCUUGGUCCGCCAUGGUUCGACAGUAUAGUGCGUUCAUUUUUAUUACGCCUCAAUACAACUGGAGUAUUCCUGCUAGUUUGAAGAAUGCCUUGGAUUAUUUGUACUAUGAAUGGAAAGGGAAGCCUGCUGCGAUUGUGACCUAUGGAGGGAGAGGAGGUGGGAAGGCAGCUGAUCAUUUGAGUGGCAUUCUUCAGGGGUUGCAUAUGAAUGCUGUCUCAACCGCUCCUGGACUUGUUGUGAAGAUGUCAACUAUGGAGUCUGUGGAGGGAGAUCAGAUUGGCACUGAAGAUAAGGGGAGGUGGAGGGAAAGUGGUGCCGAGGAGCAAAUCUCUUCCGUAUUUUCGGAGCUGCUGGAGAAACUUCGUAGUGAUUAG